GCCCCGGCGCCCCGGAUGGGGAAGGAGGCGGGCUGCCGCCCUACCCCGGCCGCACACCCCUGGGACUCGGGGAAAUUGAUGUAUUGCCCUGCCUCAGAGAACAAACUCAUCCGUUGCAGGCCUAGCCUGGGUUGCUGCCUUUGAAAACAAAGGAAGGUCGGUAGAAUAUCAACUACAGCACAGCAUGGAAUUUCCAGAGAGGUCUUACUUCAAACCUUUAUAAAGAACCAUAACCACAUGGACUUCUGCGAGGGAGAUUGAACUGGCCUGAGUUGGAGGGAAAGGAUAAUGUGUGACCAACCAGUAACUAACACCAAGGAGGCCAGGUGGCAGAAGGUCUUGUAUGAGCGACAGCCAUUCCCUGACAACUAUGUGGAUCGGCGGUUCCUGGAGGAGCUCCGGAAAAACAUCUAUGCCCGGAAAUACCAAUAUUGGGCUGUGGUGUUUGAGUCCAGUGUGGUGAUACAGCAGUUGUGCAGUGUGUGUGUUUUUGUGGUUAUCUGGUGGUAUAUGGAUGAGGGUCUCCUGGCCCCUCACUGGCUUUUUGGGACUGGCCUGGCUUCUUCACUGAUUGGCUAUGUUUUGUUUGAUCUCAUUGAUGGAGGUGAAGGGCGGAAGAAGAGUGGGCGGACCCGGUGGGCAGACCUGAAGAGUGCACUAGUUUUCAUUACUUUUACGUAUGGUUUUUCACCAGUGCUGAAGACCCUGACAGAAUCUGUGAGCACUGACACCAUCUAUGCCAUGUCAGUCUUCAUGCUGUUAGGCCACCUCAUCUUCUUUGACUAUGGUGCCAAUGCUGCCAUUGUAUCCAGCACACUGUCCUUGAACAUGGCCAUCUUUGCCUCUGUCUGCCUGGCCUCACGCCUGCCCCGGUCCCUGCAUGCCUUCAUAAUGGUGACGUUUGCCAUCCAGAUCUUUGCCCUGUGGCCCAUGUUGCAGAAGAAACUGAAGGCAUGUACUCCUCGCAGCUAUGUGGGGGUCACACUGCUUUUUGCGUUUUCAGCCUUGGGAGGCCUGCUGUCCAUUAGUGGUGUGGGAGCGAUCCUCUUUGCCCUUCUGCUUGUUUCCAUCUCGUGUCUCUGCCCUUUCUACCUCAUUCGCCUGCAGCUCUUUAAAGAAAACAUUCAUGGGCCUUGGGAUGAAGCUGAAAUCAAGGAAGACUUGUCCAGGUUCCUCAGUUAAGUUAGGGAACUCCAGAUUCCAUUAUUAAGACAAGCUGAAAAACUAGCCUCUCAACUAGACAGAGUUCCAUUCUGGAAGUAGCAUGCUGAUGUGGGUGGGAGAACAGAGAUCAAAAGAAAAAGUUAAUCAAAGGCUGAGGUGGUGAAGGCCCUUAUCCUUUCUGUUACUCUGUGGAUGACAAAGCUUUGUGGGCCCUUUUGAAUUAUGGUCUCAUUUAUUAUUUGCUAUAACAAAUGAAUUGAUGAGGCUUCUAUUUAUUAAAAGAAACAACACAUC